UGUGUGUGUGUGUGUGUGUGUGAGUGUGUGUGUCAUUGAAUCUGGUGGGAGGAGUGUAAGGCAGGAGCAUAAGACUCAGAGGAAAACACAAGACCAGGAAAGCAUUUCCCCUAUUUGUUUACCAUUUACAAGGGAAGAAAAGUUUAUCUCCCUCGAAUGCAUGUUUUAAAAACAUAUACAGUAUAUCAGGUGGUUUUCAGCAGUGCGAUUACGAGUCCACGACCGAGUGCUGACAGACCUGUUUUCGUGUGCCACUGUGGUCACUAACAGCGUAUAACCACACGGCAGCAUGAGAGUGCUGAGCCCUGGUGAGAAAAUGGAGGCAGAGGAGGCUCUGAAACUACAUUUCCCAGAAUCCCUAAAGGUGUAUGGCUGUUUGUUCAAUAUCAACAGAGGCAAACCUCAUAACCUGGAAGUGAUUGUAGAUUCCUGGCCUGACUUCAAAGCCAUAGUGUGCAAGCCAAAGUCAAAGGGCAUGCAUGAUCGUGAGGGGGACUUUAACAUACAGAGCACUUACUCCAGAGACCAGGACAGUCUCAAGAGGCUAAUUGGCAGCCCGGGGGUGCUGGACUGGAGUGCGUACACUCUGUUGGCAGGCGUUGACUUGAACUAUCUGAGUGCAGUGACAGACCUUGCAGAACAGCACAGGGUUCCCUCUCGAACACAGGCGACGAUGUGUGUGCUGAUGCUCGAGAACCCCGCUCAACUCCGAGCUCAUGAAAGUGCUCCCGGUUGUCAGAUCCAGCCUCUCCGGCCUGAACACGCAGAACUCGUCAACAGCACCUGGAGGUACGGUGGCGACCCCAACAGCUACAACUCCGUGCUCGGGUACAUCACGCACCACCCUAACCUGAGUGUCAUACCGGAAGAUGGCCCAACGGGGGGAGGACCCGUGGCCUGGGUUCUGCUGUAUCACCACUGCGCGCUGGGACUGCUCUACACGCUACCGCAGUACCGGCGGAGAGGAUACGCGAGGACGCUGGUGUCACGUGUCUCCGAGAUGCUGCUGGAGAAGGGGUAUCCCGUGUACUGUUUCGUGGACGAAACAAAUCAUGCCUCCUGUAGACUGUUUCGGUCCCUGGGUUUCAUAGAUAAGGAGAGCUACCGGGCUGUUUGGUUUGAGAUUAACGAGAGGCCAGUGAGGUCUUAGAAAUGAGUAGCGGAAAAUAAAUGUUACGCUAACUGUAAAUGUUA